AUGUCAGGGCUCGCCGCGUCGGCGUCCGCAGCUCCGGCGCUGUCCUCCUGGUCCUCGCUGGCGACCUCGCGCUUCACCCCGGUUGCAGGACCUGCUCCAAGUUUCAGAACACAAGCUUGUGGAUUGAGGUGCUGGAUUGCUGCAAAGCUGAAACUCCGGAAGGCGUUGAAGAGGCAUCAUGGAUGGCAACUUCAAAGAAAUCUAGAUGCUCGAGGGAAUGAUAAAGUUCCAGAUUACUUGGAGGCUGCAUCUCUGAUUGAAAAGAGAAGUCAUUGGAACAUGCAUCUUGCUUAUGGUUGGCACUCUAUUGGGAAAUCAGUUGUCUUGAGUUCCGUUACUUUGCAUAUUCUGGAGGUGAAAUGGUCAAUACAAGCUCUGAUACUUUGGAUAGUUCAACUGAUCAGGAAAAUCAGUGCCUCAGGGACACAUCCCUCUGAAAUCAGUUCUCCUGUUCAAAAGGAAGAGUCUGCUGUGCCCAGAAGACACUCCAACAAUGAACCAUCUCUUUGCAUUGCUGUGAUUGAGCUACCGGGCGAGCUGGCAAGAACUAAAGUUUUUCCAGCACUAUUUGCUCUGUAUUACAGUGGUUUUCUUCCUCAGAAUGUUGGUAUAUUUGGGUAUUCUAGGAAGAAAUUAACAGAUGAGGGCUUAAGAUCUAUAAUUGAAGCCAAUUUGACCUGCCGGGUGGAUCACCAUGAAAAUUGUGAUGACAAGUUAAGUGAGUUCCUCAAAAGGACGUAUUAUGUAGAUGCCGGACAUGACAACAAAGAAGGGAUGGUCAGAUUAAAUUCUAGGAUGGAACAGUUAGAGGGCAUUGGUGCUGCAAACAGAAUAUUCUACCUUGCUGUUCCACAAGAGGCACUCCUUGAUGUAGCAUUGCCACUGGCUGACGGUGCCCAAACUAAGCUAGGCUGGAAUAGAAUAAUUAUCGAGAAACCAUUUGGCUUUACUGGUUUGUCCUCACAGCAGUCGAACUUACAUACGGAAUGUGCAGGUCAUUUUUCUGAAGAAACAUCAAAUGAAAUACAAGGGAGGUACUUUGGAAAUUAUGGGAUAAUCCGUGACAUAGUUCACAGUCACAUUCUUCAAACAAUAGCUCUAUUUGCUAUGGAACCACCUGUAAGUCUUGAUGGAGAGGAUAUCCGAGAUGAAAAGGUGAAGGUUCUCAGAUCAAUUCGGAAAGUGGAACUUGAGGAUGUUGUUCUUGGUCAACUUAAAGAUACGUCUGGUAAAGUUGACAGAUACACAAAAUCCAUGACACCAACCUAUUUUGCUGCUGCUAUGUACAUUGACAAUGCACGCUGGGAUGGGGUACCAUUUUUUGUCAGGACAGGCAUGGGGCUUAUGAAGAAUAGAGCUGAAAUUCGAAUUCAGUUUCGCCAUGUCCCUGGUAAUAUCUACUGUGAACGUUUUGGUCAUGACAUAGAUCUCGACACAAACGAGCUGGUUCUACGCGAUCAACCUGAGGAAGCAAUCCUGUUAAAAGUCAACAACAAGGUCCCAGGGCUUGGGCUCCAACUGGAUGCUUCAGAACUGAACCUGCUUUACCGGGAUAGGUACAACACCGAGGUGGUACCAGAUUCAUAUGAACAUCUUCUCCUGGACGUGCUAGAUGGAGAUAGUCAUUUAUUCAUGCGCAGCGAUGAGCUGGCUGCUGCAUGGAACGUGCUGACUCCGAUAAUCCAUGAGAUCGACCAGAACAGAGUUGCUCCUGAGCUCUACGAGGCUGGGGACAGAGGACCUAUCAAUGCUUAUUAUCUCGCUGCUAAACAUGGGGUGCGAUGGGAUGACGACUGGUGA